UCUGGCAGGAGCGGAAGAGCCGGGCGGCGGCAGCCGGGGACGGUCGAGGCCGGGCGGGACGCCGGGCGCGCAGCGCGGGGUUGGGAUCCGGGUCCGCCCAGCGGGCAGCGGGGACGCUCGGCCGGACCCACCGCCCGCGCGGCCAUGAACCUGGAGCGGCUGCGGAAGCGAGUCCGGCAGUACCUUGACCAGCAACAGUAUCAAAGUGCUCUAUUUUGGGCAGAUAAAGUAGCUUCACUCUCUCAUGAGGAACCCCAGGACAUUUAUUGGUUGGCUCAGUGUCUUUACCUGACAGCACAAUAUCAUAGAGCAGCUCAUGCACUUCGGUCACGAAAACUGGACAAAUUGUAUGAAUCAUGUCGCUACCUUGCAGCUAGAUGCCAUUAUGCUGCGAAAGAACAUCAGCAGGCUCUCGAUAUUCUUGAUAUGGAGGAGCCAAUCAACAAGAGAUUAUUUGAGAAGUACUUGAAGGAUGAAAGUGGCUUGAAAGACCCCUCCAAUGACUGGGAAAUGUCACAGUCCUCAAUAAAGAGUUCUAUUUGUCUUUUACGAGGGAAAAUUUAUGAUGCUCUAGAUAACCGAACCCUAGCUACCUACAGCUAUAAAGAAGCUUUGAAGCUCGAUGUCUACUGUUUUGAAGCAUUUGAUCUUUUGACAUCACACCACAUGUUGACAGCCCAAGAAGAAAAAGAACUUCUUGAAUCACUACCUCUUAGCAAGCUCUGUACUGAAGAACAAGAAUUACUACGUUUUCUAUUUGAGAAUAAAUUAAAAAAGUAUAAUAAACCUAGUGAAACUGUCAUCCCUGAGUCUGUCGAUGGUUUGCAAGAGAAUCUGGAUGUGGUAGUGUCUUUAGCUGAAAGACAUUAUUAUAACUGUGAUUUUAAAAUGUGCUACAAGCUUACGUCUGUUAAAGCUACAACGCUUGAGAAGACCUAUGGGCCUGCGUGGAUAGCAUAUGGGCAUUCGUUUGCAGUUGAGAGUGAACAUGACCAAGCAAUGGCUGCUUACUUCACAGCAGCACAGCUGAUGAAAGGGUGUCAUUUGCCAAUGCUCUAUAUUGGAUUAGAAUAUGGAUUGACCAAUAACUCGAAAUUGGCUGAAAGAUUCUUUGGCCAAGCUCUAAGCAUUGCGCCAGAAGAUCCUUUUGUUAUGCACGAGGUUGGUGUGGUUGCAUUUCAAAAUGGAGAGUAAGUACUAAAAGGCCAAAAGCCCUCUGUUUCCUUUUUGUAACUAGAAUAAAACCGCAACUACUAGAGUAGUAGUUUAACUGAUCAAAAUGACUAGUCAGUAGAUUUUUAUUUUUAAAUGUGUUUUCUCUUAAGAGAAGAAGGUGGACAGUUAAAAUAGAAAGUGUUAUGUUGGAUUUCUUUAAAAAUACUAAAUCCCGGGUUUUGGUCCCCUUUGAUGUGGGUUCUCACAAGCUCUCACUUUCCAGGACUGGACAGUUGUUGCCAACUCUGUCCAAAGUCACUGAACCCCACAGGGUGGCCUGGAGGCACUGCAUAACCCUCAGUCAUCUAUCUAUCUCUAGGAGCUGGAUUCACACAUUUGAGAAAGAUUUUCCACAUUUUGAAACAAAAAUGUUUUCUGUUUAGUUAGUUACCAGGUAAUCCGAAAAUUAAACUAAUCAGAAUGACCCAAUCUGCGUUUCCUGGUAAACUGAGGUGUUACUAAAGCCUUGGAUAUUUAUAGAAUAAGUAAUUCAGUGUCAUACUCAAACAGAAAAA